AAGAAUAGAAAACCAAACGUGCACGUGAUACACACACUACCAAAUAUGUGACUCCAUUUUAAAGACGACCAAUAUGUUUAAAAAAAAUUAUAUUUCCCUAGAGAUUGUCUAUAGCUUUGUCUGUCACGUGGAUAACAAUAUUCUUUGGGUAACCUUCUCAUUCCUCAUGUGGCUCAUCUGAUCGGGUUCAGUCGAAUGUCCUUGACAGCGAAAUUAUAAAUAUGUUUCGGACUCCUCGGUUCUCUUCAGUAAAUCAGGAAGUGUUGAUGUUCUGACACGUGUGUUUUUAAACAGAUAGGCCUAGAGUUUUUUAUAAUUUGUCGGUCUUAUUAUACAAAAAUGGAGACUAAAAGUGUUGUCAAAGUUGGUUCCCGUAAAAGCCAGCUUGCCCUGAUACAGACAAACACAGUCAUUAAUCACCUGAAGAAACUCAACCCACAUCUGACGUUUGAAAUCAUUUCUAUGCAGACAACAGGAGACAAGGUUUUGGAUGCAGCUUUGUCAAAGAUAGGGGAGAAGAAUUUGUUCACGCGAGAGCUGGAAGUUGCGCUGGAGAAGAAUGAGGUAGAUUUUGUUGUCCACUCACUGAAGGAUCUGCCUACUGUCCUACCGGAGGGACUUCUCAUUGGAUGUAUCUACAAGAGGGAUAGUCCUUAUGAUGCUGUGGUAAUGCAUCCAUCAAAUGCUGGCAAGAAGCUGGAAGAUUUGCCAGAUGAAAGUGUAAUUGGAACCAGUUCUCUAAGACGAGCUGCACAGCUAGCCAGGAAGUUCCCAAAAUUUAUAUUUGAAAAUAUUAGAGGAAACCUGAACACCCGCUUCAAGAAGCUGGACGAGGACAAUAAGUACUCAGCCAUUAUUUUAGCAGAAGCUGGGCUACACAGGAUGGGCUGGCAGGACAGAAUCUCUCAGGUGUUGGACAAGAAUUCCUGUAUGUAUGCUGUUUCUCAAGGUGCCAUGGCCGUAGAAUGUAGAAAUAAUGAUUCAUUUACCCUCAGUCUUCUGUCCCAGAUCCACGACCCCGAAACUGUCAUCCAGUGUGUGGCAGAGAGAGCGUUCCUGAAGAAACUGGAGGGUGGUUGCAGUGUUCCAGUUUCAGCAUUCUCAGAGAUCAAAGAUGGAAAGUUGUCCCUUACUGGUGGUGUAUUCAGCAUUGAUGGCACAAGAGGAAAAAUUGAAACUGUGUGUUUGGAUCUUCCAGAGUCCAUUAAAGAGACAGAUGAGCUCAUCAUUUCUCCAAAUGGACCAAGGCAGUUUGCUGGUGUUGUUGGAAAUAGAGAAGUAUCUAUAGCAACCCUAGAAGUAGCCCAAGAAGUCGGUGACCAGGUGGCAGACCUCAUGUUGAAGUCUGAAGCCAAAGACAUCCUGGCCAAUGCCAAGGCUGAAACAGCUGCUGCUAUCAUUGCCGAGAAACAGAGAAAGGAUGCUGAAAAACUGAGAAAUGGAGUCAAAGCUAAUGGGCACUAGUCAGGAAUUAUCAGAUUUUAUCAGCAAAUUAGAGAAAAAUUUAUUACAUUUUCACCUUUAAGGACAUUUCAUUUUAAUGCAGACAUUUGCAACUCGAGUGUGCUAGAUAAGUUGAUUACUGAUAGCUGAUCAGUGCCAAUAUUUAACUUUUAAUAUUUUACUUUUAAGUACAUGCAGAUGUACCAAUGCCAAAUACAAAAUUUUAUAGUGACUUCAAGGAAUUAAUAUUUAUUUUCCCUCUGUUAUAUAUUAAAGUUUAUGGAUUUUUUUGAAAAAAAUAUUGUUAUUUUAUGGUGCUUUAUAUUUUAUGUUCAUGAAAUAAAAUAUGAUAGACUGUU